AUGUCUCAUCCGAUCCUGUCAGAAUUCGAUAUCGUUUUUGCUGGAGGUGGUACUGCAGCCUGUGUUGUCGCAGGUCGCUUAGCUGCCUAUGAUCCCUCGUUGAGGAUCUUGAUUCUGGAAGCGGGUCAACACACCCUCAGUAAACCUAUUCACGUGCAACCCUACCAAUUUCCCUUUAACCAAGCACCGACGAGCACCACUGUCACAUUCAACAUCGGAAAUCCAUCUCCUCGUCUCAACGGCCGUGCACCGAUCGUUCCAUGUGGUCGUUGCGUUGGUGGAAGCUCGUGUGUGAAUUUUAUGGUAUACACUCGUGCGCCUGCUUCGGACUAUGAUGAUUGGGGAGCCAAUGGUUGGGAAUCUGAGAAUUUGAUUCCCCUCAUGAAGAAGCUGGAGGCAUAUGAGGUGCAGCCCGGUCGUCCAACUCACGGCUAUGAUGGACCUAUCAAGGUGUCCUCUGGUGGGUGUAAAAUGGGUAUCUCCGACGAGUUCAUUCACGUUGGCACGACCUAUCACAAGAGGCAGUAUGCCGAAGACACUGAUGAUUUAGAAACAUGCAAUACAUACAGUCCAUGGCAGAAGUACAUUGACGGGACAACCGGAAGGCGUUCGGACGCAGCUCACCACUAUAUCUACAACCAAGCUCACAAUCGAAACCUACAAGUCUGGGAUGGGAAGCGCGUAAAGCGUAUCAUCUUCGAGGACAAGCGUGCUGUAGGUGUUGAGUUCACCAGCGACCCAGUGUCUUGCCUAGACGCGGAUCAGUCGUUAAGUAUUGUUAGAGCAUCAAAGCUUGUCGUUGUCUCUGCUGGGACGUUUGGUUCUCCGAUCAUUCUGGAGAGGUCUGGGAUCGGUGCUGAGGCGGUUCUCAAGCGGUGCGGUAUCGAGCAAUUGGUGAAUUUGCCUGGCGUUGGUGAAAAUUAUCGAGAUCAUGACACCGUCUUUGUUCCAUACUUUGCUGCAGACGAGGCUGUUACCAUGGAUGCUCUUUGGCGUGGAGAGGGUAUCCUACAGGAAAGUCUUGCACAGUGGAACAGCAGCGGCAAGUCAUUGAUUGCACAGAAUGGCAUCAAUUCAAAAAUUAAGUGGCGUCCUGAUGAUGAGGAAUUGAAAGCCAUGGACCCAGUUUUUCAACCACGCUGGAAGGAGUUCUUCCAAGACCGCCCAGACAAGGCUGUUGCAAUAUUUGCCUGUUCUUGCGGGGUGCCCAGAUAUAUUCCACCGUCGAAUAUCCUUCCUCCUCGCAACUACAUGACUGCCGGCUAUUAUACACUUUACCCCGUGUCUGUCGGAAGUGUUCAUAUUAAUGUGACAGAGAACGGUGAAGAAGGAAUGGACUUCAACACAGGCUUCUUAGAUGAUCCAUCCGAUAUUGUUCCUCUUGACUUCGCAUACAAGAAGACGCGUGAAAUCCUUCGACGCAUGGCUUCCUACCGAGGUGAAGUCACUGCUGGUCAUCCUGAUUUCCCAGAGGGAAGCGCUGCAGCCUGCAAAGAUGCUUCCGAGCCAGUGGACUUGAAUGCGCCUGACAUCGUCUACACUCCCGAAGAUGACGAGGCGAUCAGUCAAUUUCACCGUGACAUCGUGCAAACGUCAUACCACUCACUUGGGACUUGUGCCAUGAAACCGGAGGCAGAUCAAGGAGUCGUCGACGCUCGGCUAAAUGUAUACGGCGUGUCGAAUCUGAAGGUCGCAGAUAUGUCCAUCUCGCCGUUGAAUGUUGGCACGAACACGUAUUCAACGGCACUUCUCAUCGGAGAGCGGGCUGCGAUGAUCAUUGCUGAAGACUUGGGUAUCAAUGUCAUGGAUGUUUAG